AUGCCAAGGAAGAGUCAGAAGUCACAGACUGCAAGCCAGCGCUGGCAGAGGGUUCAUGACAUUGACUUUGUGAGUACUGGACAAGCAGAUGGUGUUCCUCAGAGCAGUGGAGAGGUAAAGAGGUCUGAGGUGUCUGAAGCUGUGAAACAGGGAGGUGAAAAUGCAUCAUGUCAACCACAGAUAUCUAAUGCAGACGUGCUUAAGAGGAGACGUGUAAGUGAGUCACCUGCAGCAGAUCCAUCUAACACUGAACAGGUAAACCACAGAGGUGAAAUUAAUGAUCCAGGUGUACAACAGGUAACAUAUGCAGACAUGGUAAAGAGAAAACUUCCUCGUGUGUCACGUACUGCCGGUCCGUCCAACACUCGUCAGGUGAACUACAUAGCCCAAACUGAUGAAGCAUGUUCAACUCAGAUAUCGUAUGCAGACACUGGUAAGAAGGGAAAUCAUAAUUAUCAGUCGGUAUCAGCCUGUUCUCGGGCAAGAAAUACUAACGCUGUUAAUCAGUCAGGUGAACAAAACGUCUGUGCGUCACGCAGCCAAGCAUCUCUGAAAUACGGCCGAUCCAGAAACCAGCAGUGCACCUGUAACUCGCUGACAUUUCUAGCAUUCCUGUAUGAGAACGAAAACAUCACCAGAGCAGAUCUGGACCGUGUUUUGGAUAAAGGUGAUGUGAUGUACAGAGAAAUCAGAAAAACUGUUGAUCACGCCCAUCUGACAACCGAUGAGCUCCCUAACCAGGUUCCUGCACGCAGACACACGCAGAGUGUUGACAUGUUACAGCUGUCUAGAUACGGUUCGUUUGGAGAUCCGGAUCCCAGAGCUGUUGAUACCUUUCUGGACCUCAAGUCGGGACUGAGCUGCUUAUUAACAGAUGUGCAGUAUGCUUUGCUGCUAAUGACUUCACUGUGUAUUGCAGUUUUCAAAACCAGAGAUGGCAGGUACGGUUUCUUUGACCCACAUGCUCGGACAGCUAACGGUUUGCCUCUGCUUAAGGCCACGCCUACUCCUGGUACCGCUGUCAUGGUAACAUUCACACGCCUCAGUGACAUGAUUGACAGGCUCAUAAGGUAUCACCACAUAUUGGGCACAGCAGCGUCCUGUCACUAUGAGCUCAAGCCAGUUGUGUUGAUGAGAAACCAUGUGAUGCUAUCCCAACCACAGAAAGUCCGUACACAAGUACCUCUGUAACAACCACUGUGAUAAAUGAUGACACAAGUGCGCCACAGAUGAACACUGUUGUCUGUCAAAACACUGAACAUGACAUGGAAACUGAACCAAAGCCACUGAUCGACUUCAGCCAGUGUUCUGUCACAUUAACUGGUCCUGAAUCUCUUUUUUCAGAGAUGAACACUGCUGUAAGUGAUGACUCUCAUGACACAUCACAGAAAAUCUCAACUUUGAUGGAAACACAAGCUCAUCAACCAGGUCAAAUCAGCAAUAAUCCUGUCACAUUUGAGGAAGCUCAGGAGAUUCAAUCAAAUUUGACACAACCAUUUAUUACUAUCCCUGUUGCCAGUGUUAGCGUUAUCCAUGACAUUUCCAGUAAACUGUCAAAACUGGAAACAAAAAAAAGGAAAAAAUACAAGAGGAGACAAAUGGCAUCUAAAAAGACAACACAAGGGAAAGAGGAUAAAAAAAUGAAAGAGAGAGAAAAGUAUGCUAAGAAUGAAACAUAUAAAGCAAAGAAAAAGUCUUAUUCAAGUAACAAAUACUCUGACAAUCCUGAAAUACAGACAAAGAAAAGACAAAAUAUUGCAACUAAGUACAGAGAUAGCACAGACUUCAGACUGAAACAAAAAGAGUAUAUCAAGAAAAAAUACAGAGAAAAUGUUGAAUUCAAAAGCAGACAACAAGAGUAUAUCAAGAAAAAAUACAGAGAAAAUGUUGAAUUUAAAGGCAGACAAAAAGAGUAUAUCAAGAAAAAAUACAGAGAAAAUGUUGAUUUUAAAGGCAGACAAAAGGAAUAUAUCAGGAAAAAGUACUCAGAGGACACUAAUUUCCGGCAAAGACAGCAAUUAUAUAUGAAUCAUCGAUAUGCAAAUGAUGAAAUAUUCUGUCACCAACACAGACAGCUGAUGAGACAAAUGAUGCGAGACAGGUAUCAGAAAAAUCUUGCAUACAGGACGAUGUAUAAAACGAGAUGUGCAUUGAAAAUAUUAAAGAAAUACAAACAGAUAAGUAAACAAACAUGCAAGACUGACAGAGAGAGUGAAAACCCUUUGAUUGAAAGUGCCAUAAAUAUUUUCAGAUCACACAUUAAAGCUGGUCCCACCUAUGUUUGCACAGUUUGUCACAAAGCCUCAUUUCCAAACCAGGUACAAAAGUGCAAGAGGUCCAACUAUGUGAAAAAUCCAACCAUGGUUUCAGCUUGUCUCAAAGGUCAGUACGUCCAUGAGUGCAAUCAUGGCUGCAGAAACCAGUGCACUGUCCCUGAUGAGAGAAAGACUGAGUGGAUUUGUCACACCUGCCAUGACCAUCUGAAAAAUGGAUCCAUGCCCAAACUUGCCAUAGCAAAUAACUUGGAGCUUGCUGACAUACCACCUGAGCUGUGUGACCUCAACAUACUGGAGAGACAUCUGAUAGCAAAGUGCAUAACAUUUGCCAAAAUCAUUCCUCUUCCCAAAGGCAGACAGAGAGCUAUACAUGGUAAUGUUGUAUGUGUUCCCUCUGAAGUCCAGGAGACAAUUCAGGCUCUACCCAGAUUGAGAAAUGAGUCUCAGGUGAUGAGAGUAAAACUGAAGAGACGUUUGAGUUACAGAGGUCACCAUCUAUUUCAGACUGUUACCUGGUCCAAGCUAGUGCAGGCUCUGCAUAAACUGAAAGAGAUACACCCCCAGUAUGAAGACAUCACUAUUAGAGAUGAGGAGGAGUUAUAUGACCCCACACUUCCUGAUGAUGGUGAUGAGGAUGAUGAUGAUGAUGGUAAUGAUAUUACAAUGAAUGAUGACGACUAUGACGAUGAGGAUUUGAUGGAAAUUGAUAGAAUUGAGGCUGCUGCCAUGUAUGAGGCUGAAACUGAUGUUGAAAAUGAGAAUGAGAACACAGCUAUGUGAUAAAAGUCAGACCCAGGACAAUGAUGAUCAGACACAACAACAGGACGCAGACAUGCAUAAUGGUGGUGUUGUUUUGGAGUCGUGCCUUCAGCCACGUGAUGUUUCUGAGGAGAUCUUGUGUUUCAGUGACUCUACAUACUCAGUAGCUCCAGCAGAGAGAAACAGUCCAGUCAGUUUUUUCAAAACUCCCAAACUAGAGGCCAUGGCGUUCCCUGUUCAGUUUCCCACUGGUGAGAAUACACUGGAUGAAAACAGACCCAUGAAAUUAUCACCCAGUAGUUAUUUUAAAGCAAGGCUCUUUGGUGUUGAUGAUUGCUUUGCCAGAGAUACCAACUACCUUUUCUUUGCACAGUUUGUGACUGAAAUACACUUGGCUACCUCCAGCAUGUCAAUACAGUUACGCAAAGGCAAACCUUUUACCAGAGACGGACGUAAAAUAACAUCCAGAAUGUUGAGAGACAAAUACGAAGUGGAGAGACUGGUGAGAAACAGAGAUGCUAUCAGAUUUAUGCAGCCGCUCAGAGGAACACCAGCCUACUGGGACAAAACUACAAAAGAUCUGUUUGCUAUGAUCAGACAGUUGGGCAGUCCUACUUUCUUUGUCACAUUUUCUGCAGCAGAAAUGCGUUGGCCUGAGGUGAUUAUUGCAAUAAAAUUACAACAAGGUGAGGAGGUGAAUUUUGAAGAGCUCGACUGGUCCACAAAGUGUGACAUUCUGAGAAGCAAUCCUGUGACAACGAUGCGCAUGUUUGAUAAGCGUGUUGAAGCACUGUACAGAGAUCUGAUCAUGUCUCCUGCACAACCCCUGGGCAAAGUUUUUGACUUCUUUUGGCGUCUCGAGUUUCAGCACAGAGGAAGUCCUCAUAUACAUGGUCUUUUGUGGGUAGAAGGUGCACCUGUGUUUGAGAGAGACUCUGACAAAACUGUGUGUGACUUUGUGUCCAAACACAUCUCUGCUCAGCUCCCUGACCCAAACAAACAGCCUGAACUGUACAAAAAGGUCAAAGAAGUGCAAAUACACAGUAAGAACCACUCAAAGACAUGUUUCAAAAGUGCAAGUUCUGGAUGCCGAUUUGGAUUCCCAAAACCACCCUCCAGACAGACAAUGAUAACAAGACCUGUGGGUGAUGAUGAGGAGUCAGAGAGACUAAAGACAGCCAAAGAGAAACUUGCACCACUGAAUCAGCUGCUGAACAAACCUGGAACUGAAUCCAUGAGUUUUCAACAGCUCCUGUCUGUCUGUGACUUAACCGCUGAUGAGUACGAGAAACACAUGAAUGUGAUGAGUCAGUCCAGCAACAUCAUUCUGAAGCGUGAGCCAAAAGACUGCUGGGUAAACACCUAUAACCCUCACCUGCUCAAGGCCUGGGAUGCAAACAUUGAUGUGCAGUUUAUUCUCAGUUACUACAGUCUGAUCCAUUACAUAUGUACGUACAUGUGUAAAAGUGAGAACUCUGUGAGCCAGUACCUGCAAACACUCAUUCAGAACUCCGACAGAGAAUGUGUCAAUGAAUGUGAUGAAAUGAAAGCGGUCAUGCAGGCGUAUUCCAAAAAGCGAGAAGUAUCAGCACAAGAAGCUGUUGCCCGAGUGACUUCACUGAACAUGAAAAAGAGUUCACGCAGUGUGGUUUUUGUCCCAACUGAUGACAACCCAGUGAAAAUGAGUCUGCCUGUGUCAAGCCUUGACAACACUACACCAGACAGCUUGAAUGUGUGGAUGACAUCCUUAACAGACAAGUACAAAUCCAGACCUGAAUCACCAGAGUUUGAGGAGAUGUGCAUGGCUGAUUUUGCUUCUACCUGCAGACUGGUGUAUGGUAAACAGACCAAGGGCAAGAAAGUGGUACCUUUGCUGAAUGAACUAGGCUUUAUACAGAGACGGGAAAAUGACAACGCUGCUGUCAUCAGGUAUCGCCGCAUAUCCAAAGAGAAAUACCCUGAGCAGUUUUACAGCACAUUGCUUAGACUGUAUCUUCCAUACAGAUCAGACGAUGAGCUGAAAAGACCAUAUCUACCCACGUAUGAGUCAUUCUAUGAGAGAGGUGUGGUUCAGCUGCCGUAUUCUGACCGACCCCUGAGUGUGAAACUCAUCGUGAAAAGAAACAGAGAGAGAUAUGAAAAAAACAGAGAGGAAAUUGACUCUGCUCUCGAGGACUUUGAACAGAACAGAGGUGUGGUCGAUGAAUGGUGUAAUUUGGCACCUGAAUCUGAACUGGUGAGGUUGGAGUGUAUCGAUGAACUGGAUGCCCGACAGUGUGAAAAUAUCCAAGAGGAUGUACCUGAUUACAGCAGACAAGCAAAUGCUGCUACAGAGGCCAGAGUCAUGA